AGUACCAAACGGAGACGUAAUUUGGCAGCUAGGCCGUUUGAGGUAGCCAAGCCAUCCCCGAUGACGCAACAAAGCCAGCAGCCCAGCCCCUGCCCUUCUAUUCCAUCUUUUACUACACGCGCUUUUUCACGUCCCGGCGACCCAUCUCUUUUAAUUUCCCCUAAUCUUGCGCCCCAUGAGUCCGGCGCGUCACCUUCGCCGCACCGACCCCGUUUCCUUGUUUUUUUUCUUGGUCAGAUCCCUCUUUACUCUUUAGCCUUAUCUCUCACAUCAAAAUCACAAAAACCGAGAAUAACCUAACGCACCACCAACAAAACGAUCGCCACCACCGCCAUCAAGAAGGAUUAGAAACUCCAUGGGUGAUCUAACGGACUCCGUCACGCCGUCCACCACACCUCACUCACGACCCUUGCCUAUUCGUGAGGACUGCUGGAGCGAGGAGGCAACCUCUACUCUUGUUGAAGUUUGGGGAAAACGUUAUUUGGAGCUCAAUCGAGGCAAUCUACGUCAAAAGGACUGGCAGGAAGUCGCCGAUGCCGUUAACGCCAAACAUGGCCAUACGAAGAAAACGCACCGUACCGAUGUCCAGUGUAAAAAUCGGAUCGACACGAUUAAGAAGAAGUAUAAGAUCGAGAAGGCCAGGGUUACGUCUUCUAAUGGAACGCUGACAUCGUCAUGGCCGUUUUUUGAAAGCUUAGAUGCGCUGAUCGGAUCUAAUUUCAGCGCUAAAAAACAAGCUUCUCCGUCUUUAUCACCAUCUCCUCCGGUGGCUCUUCCGUUGACUUCUUAUCGGAGGACUCCUAAUCAGGUUUCGGUUCCCGUUUCUGUUCCAGUGAUGUCGCUGCCGCAGAAGAGGCCAUUGGAUGAUGGCUAUUUCAGGAGGAACUACUCGGCGAUGGCUGCCGCUGCGGCAGCAGCGGCGGAGUCAGAAAGUGAAGAAGAGGAAGAGGAGGAGAGGGAAAGAGAGAGAGAAAGGGAAAGUGAGGAAGAUGAGGAAGGAGAGGGUAUAAGGAGAUUGGCUAGAGCUAUAGAGAGAUUUGGAGAGGUGUAUGAGAGGGUGGAGAGCGAGAAGUUGAGGCAGAUGUUGGAUUUGGAGAAGCAGAGGAUGAAAUUUGCCAAAGAUUUGGAAAUGGAAAGGAUGCGGAUUUUCACCGAGACGCAGAUUCAGCUUGAGAAGAUAAAGAAAGGCAAGCGAUCUGGGUCCAAUGUGGAGAUGCAUAGCCAAACAAUUUUAAUUACUCAAGUGCUAUACUUUCCUCGUGAUUUUCCUGUAACUGUUUUAGUUUUGUUUGUUCGCUGAUGACUCUACACAGAUUGUCCUGGAUUGCACUAUCUGGCUAUCUUAUGUCUUGUUUUUUAAGGUGGGAAUAUUUUACAUGUCAAUUAAUUUCAUGAAUGGAUUGGGUUCCACAGGUAAUUAGUGUGCCCUGUAUUACACAUCAGUCUCCUUGUAAAUAAUCUUGUCAUGCCAAAUUUGUGUGAACAUUCUGCGGUUAAUACAUGGGAAUAAAACCACUUUGUAACGAUAGAGCUAAAGUCUAAAUUUCGUAUAAGAUGCUAAUGCUUCAUCUGAAUCUAUUGUCACACGGUGCCUUUGAUGCAACCAAUAUGAGUGCAUUCCAGUGAUGGUGAAAAUGGCAUUAGGCUGUUGACAUUUAAUUGCCUUAAGAUAUUUAUAGAUGAGUUGUCAUUAGGAAUCAUUAAGCAACUUUUUGUGUAUGUCAUUAUGAAAAUAUUUUCGAAUGCUUAAAUCACUGGCUUUCCCACUUUAACAAUAUUCAAGUCCUUGUAUAUUCUUUUAUUUCUUCAGCUUUGUUAAUGACAUCCCUGUUACCAUUUCUUACCCCUGGCUCAACAUAAAAAAGUUGUUUUGGGUGUCAAUGCUGAUUAGAGUGCUGUCUUUGUAUGUAUGAAACAAAGGACAUUUUUGGAUAUUUAUAUUGUGGAUUUUGAGUUCUUUUGAUGAAAAUUAGUAUAUGUUCAUAAGGUUAGAUGUUAUGUUGGUAUUGGGAUAUUGAUUUUUAUAUACAAAUUUCUCUUACAGUGUAAAGUGAAUUUGUUAUGUGAAAUAAUUUUUGAUAGAGACAGUAAAUUUGUAACAGUGACAUAGGAGAAUGAUUAUUUGUAACGCUAACAAUUCAAAUUUGAGAUUGUAAUGCUUGUAAAAGCAUAGGAGGCUGUAGAAAUAUCAUUCUAAUUUAACAUUUGAAGUUCUCCA